AUGGAUGAGAGCUCCAGAGUUUGGACAGUGCUCGGGCUGCUCUGUGUGCUCCGCCUGGGGACACAGACACACGCACAGAGAGAGUGUUUCCCCGGGGCCCACCGGAUCCUGCGUAACCCUUACCGCAGCACGGACUUCGACUCCAGCGAGCUCCAGAACACCGCCAUCCAAGAGCUCAUCUGUGACCACAACCUGACCCCCGGCUGGUACCGCUUCACCCUCAACAACAAGCCCGCCGAGAUGCCCACCAGCUGUGUGGAGAUGAACCACUGUGGGACCCAGGCUCCGGUGUGGCUGUCCCUCCAGGGCUCUCCUCUGCCGGCGCCGGGGGAGCUCCGGCAGCUGUCGGCCUGUGCCACCUGGCAGUUCUUCCACGGCAGCACCAAGGACUGCUGCCUCUUCAGGAUCCCCAUCUCUGUGAGGAACUGUGGACAGUUCAUGGUCUACUACCUGCAACCCACACAGGGCUGUAUGGGCUAUUGCGCCAAGGCUGCUCCGGACGUUUCCCCCAGACGCUGUGCUCCAGGAGAGGUGGAGGCCAACGGCAGAUGCACAGCUCCCGUCCCUCCUCUGCUGACCCGACCCCUCAUCACCUCGGAGCUCGUGGGGCAGAGCGUGCACCUCCGCUGCUCCUUCUCCCCCCCGCCGUGGAGGGCUCCGGUGGGCUUCCAGGUCCUGUGGGCAAGGUACAUCGGCCAGAGCAUGAAGGCCGAGGUCAGGCAGGAGGCCACGCUGCGCCCCUUCUCUCUGGUGGAGAUGGAUGGGGUUCACUUCAGGCUCGGGGAAACGUUCUCGUGCAGUGUGUCGGUGUAUGAGGUUAACUCCUCCGUGAGUCGCUCUGCUGUGAGGGAGAGUGAGGCUUUCUUCGCAGGACUGCAGUUCUCUCCAGGCUCUCUGAUCAUCUCUGAGGACAGCCAGGAGCACCGGGUGAGCCUGUCCAGCACCGUGCCCCUGCCCUGCCCACACCGGAGCCCCCACUGUGGACUGCCCCUGUCACUGAGCGUCCAGCAGCCCGACUCCGGCCAGCCUCCUAACAUCGCUCUGUCGGCGUGCCAGGCGGAGCUGAUGGCGAGCAGGUGUAACGGCAGCGUGUGCGGGCAGGGCUCCUUCACUGUCACCGCGGUAACAGACUUCACCCGUGACCACAACCGCGCCAGCCUCGUCAGCGCCCGCUUCGGACCCACCGCUCCCAGACUGUGGAGGAACUACUCACCCGCACCUCUCAAAGUCACAGUGCAGGACAUCCCCACGUCCAUGUGCUACUCUCUGACCGACCCCCACAUCAUCACGCUGGACGGCAGGCAUUACGAGCUGCAGCAGACGGGCACGUUCGUCCUGUACCAGAGCCGGGUGAGGGCCUUUGAGGUGCACUCUCGCCUGUGGGACUGUGGCAGCAGAGAGCACGCCGUGUCCUGCAGCUGUGGGGUGGCCGUGAGAGAGGGCGCUCAGCUGGUCGUACUGGACAUGUGUAACGGGCAGAGGCAGGAGACACGGCCCCGGCUCACCGUCAGGCCCUCAGGAACACUCCCUGGACAGAGCCGAGUGCGAGUGCUGGAGUCCCACCACGGAAAGAAGGUCACUCUGUUCUUCCCGUCUGGAGCCUUCGUGCGGGCGGACAUCAGUGACUGGGGCAUGAGCCUGUCUGUGCGGGCCCCCAGUGUGGACUACGGCCACACACAGGGCCUCUGCGGAACCUUCGACCACAACACCAACAAUGACCUGCAGGGCCCUGAUGGCACCGUCUACAGCCCACAAGAGGUGCUGCAGUUCGUGGAGAGGUGGAGGAUGGGCCCUGGGGACAGUCUGUUUGACAGGACCCCACCUGUCACACAAGAGGAGGAGCAGAAGAGCUUCUGUCACUGCUCUGACGGCUCCAGCAGCUCUGCUCACACACACUGUUCUUCUCAUGACCAUGUGGACUACACGUCUGUGUUUCCCUCUAUGGACAGCACCCUGGACUAUCUGCAGGACAUGUCUGAGCUCAAUGCACAGUCUCUGGAGAGGAGGCACCUCUCAGACCCCUCCCUACAGGAGGGCGCUGAGGGGGAGAAGACAGAGGAACGGCCAAGGAGACAGGUCAUCCCUGACCUGACUGACCUGACUGAGCUGAGCCACAGGUUCUCUUACUUCUUCCCUGAGGAUCACUUAGCCUCUGCGCGGCCAGCCGUGGAGAAACACUGGCCCACCUCCAGCGGUCUGACCUCGGCCAAGGCCCUGGAGCUGUGCAGCCAGGCCCUGGUCAACUCCUCUGUGGGCAGUGUGUGCAGAGGACUGCUGGGGCGGCGCCUGGAGGAGGCCGUGCAGCUGUGCAUGCUGGACUUGCAGCUCAAAGAUGACCUGUCGUGGGAGGACGGUCUGCUGCCCUACCUGGAGAACGAGUGUGAGCGUAGGCUGCUGGAAAACAGGGCCCACACAUCCCUGGGGGAGGGGCUGGGGGGUGAGAGAAGUGAGGGGGGAGAGGACGCAGAGGGGGAUGAGGAGGCUGUGCUCACUGCUCUGCGCUGUCCCAACCUGUGCAAUGGAAACGGGCUGUGUACAGAGGGAGGCUGCCAGUGCUUCCCUGGACACAGCUUCUAUGACUGCAGCCUCACCAUCAGUCAGCCUCUGGAGAUCACUGACCUGGAGAACAGUGGGCUGUGUGACCUGCACUCCUCACACUGCAGCAGCGUCAGAGUCUUUGGCCUCGGCUUCAUCGACUCAGCAGAGCUGAGCUGCCACACCACCAGACUCACGUACUCACACGGGGCCUGGCUCCCUGCAGAGAGCCAGAGGACUAAGGCUCGGUUCCUGAGCUCCAAAGUCCUGGACUGCUCUGUGCCGGCUCUGAGCGGCUCCUCUGGGCACCUGGAAGACCCCCUGACCAAUCAGCAACCCUAUGCACGCUGGGAAAUCAAGGUGACCAACGAUGGGUUCCAGCUGAGUGCGGGCCGGGUGCUGACACUCUAUGACGGCGUGUGUCAGCAGUGUGAGCCUGGGACCACAGGACUCUGUAAGUUAAAGGAGCGCACCUGCAGCAUCGAUGGCAUGUGUUUCUCACAGGGAGACCCCAGCCCCAGCAGCCCCUGUCUCCUCUGUGACCCCCUGCUGUCCACCUCCAGCUGGUCCUUCAACCAAGUGAAUGAGGCUCCAGUGUUCCACCCGCCACAGCACAGGCUGCAGACUUUUGCAGGAGAGAACUUUGUUUUUCAGUUUGCAGCAUCUGAUCCUGAAGGUUCUGCUCUUCUCUUCCACCUGGACCAGGGGCCCCCGGGGGCCACGCUGUCCCCGGCAGGGCUCCUGAUCUGGAAGGUCCCAUCAGCGGAUGAAGAAGUGAUACACUGGCUCCAGCUGAGCCUGUGGGAUGAGUGUAACGCACAGAGGCAUGUGACUGUGGAGAUCAGUCAGGAGCCCUGUGGCUGUCAGCAUGGAGGCUCCUGUGUGACUGAUGUGCAGUACCCAGCAGGCAGGGGGCGCUACCUCUGUGUGUGUCCCCCCGGGAGGACAGGAGAGCGCUGUGCUGAGGCCCUGGACCCGUGCCUGUCCUCCCCCUGCUCCGCAGGGGCCUGCGUCAGCACCCACACAGGCUACAGGUGUACCUGUCCCCCUGGUCUGACAGGACUGACCUGUCUGGAGGAUGUGGAUGAGUGUACCCGUUCACCAUGUCACCUCGGGGUCCAGUGCUUCAACACGUUUGGCUCGUUCAGCUGUGGCCCCUGCCCUCGUGGCACCAGGGGCAACGGGACCACGUGCACAGCUGACGUGAAGUCGGCCUCUGUCCACUCCACACCUGCUCCUCAGACGACUGUCCUCAGAAGACCACAUGUCCUCCUUCCACCCUCCAGACGCCUUAACACCCCCGUCCUGAGCACCCCCGUCCAGAGCAUCCACAGAGCGCCACUCACCUCUAGGGAGAAGAGUCCAGAAGCACACAGUCAGAUUCAAAAAGAAGCAAGAACCAAAAAUGUGUCUGUAACUAAAUCCAACUAUUCAGAGAAGAUACAACAAACCUUCAUCGGCGUAACCAGGGAUAAAGGAGAUAAACUGAAGCCUGGAGAAGUUUCUACAAAGGAAUUCAACAAUAUUAUCCCUCAGGAAACUCAGCGGACAUCAGGACUACGUGGACCUGCUGUGGGCUCCAGCUCCUCUAUGAACGUGUCUGCGAGCUGUUCCAGUCGCCCCUGCUUCCCCGGCGUGCAGUGCAUUGACCGCAGACCGCCUCACGUGGGCUAUGUGUGCGGCCGCUGCCCCCCGGGUCUCCAUGGCAACGGCCGUGUGUGUGUUAAAGAUCCCAAAGCAGGACCCAAACCUGUCCCACACACUCUCAAACCUGGACCGUCCGGACAGGACCAGCCGAGCCGAGUGUCCCUGCUGCACCUGCCCACUCUGCCCCACAGACACAGACACCUGUCCCACACCUCCUCCAGACUCCACAGGACCAACGUCCCCUGGCUGAUGCCCGCGAGGGGAGGGGGCACUGGGAGGAGAGAGGUGGGACUGGCCCAAACAACCAACACAUCAGCUCAGGUCACUGCACAAGGCCCCGACCUGAGGCCUCACAUCACAGACAGCGGCACCAGCACAGAGGAGAUAAUCCAUCCAAACGCUCUUUUGCCCAAACCACUGGAAACCGCAGCCAAGCACACAACACCUCCACAGGCCCCCAGACCACAGACGAAGCCCCUACAAACCCCCCCAAAGCCUUCCACACCUCAGACCAAAUCCCACCAGACGCCCCUGCAGCCACCAAGAGCCCUGACUGAAAACUCAUGGCAGGAUUCUCACCAACCGAGAGCCCUGACAGACCUCCGGACCCCUGCACAGCCACCAAGUCCCCUGACAGUGCAACCACGGACCCCACUGCAGACUACCAGAUCUGUGUCUAAUCGCUUGCAUACCCCCCUUCAACCACCACAACCCCUGACAGAAGACCUUCGAAAAGAUCCUCCACCACCCAGAGCACAGAUAGAGAAACAUCAUACGCCGCCGCAACCGCUAACAACUCAGACGAAGCUUCUGCAGUCGCCCUUAACAAUCUAUCUACAAACCUCCAUCGAGACUUCUAGAUCCUGGUCUGAUCACCUCCAUACCCCUCUUCAACCACCUCAAGCCCUGACAGAAGACCUGAGAGAAGAUCAUGAACCUCCCAGAGUGCAGAUAGAGAAACAGCAGACACCAAAGCAACCGCUAACAACUCAGAUGAAGCUUUUACGCUCACCCCUGACAAUACAUCCACGGACCUCCAUACAGACUUCUAGAUCCUGGUCUGAUCAUCUCCACACCCCUCCACAACCUUACGCAUCUCUAAAAGUUCUCCCACAGACCCCCUCACAGCCGGUUAGGCCCCUGACCGCGGCCCUCUCUGCCUUGUCCUUGUCCCAGUCCUCGGACAGCUCUCAGCAGGUGGAGUUUUCAGCAGAUGGAGAAGAUGAAUCGUCUGUUUACAGUGCGGAGUCGUACCUGCCUCUGUUCCCCGUGACCACUAAAGAUCGCGGCACCUCGUUGGUCAGCAGAGGGGUCAGCAGAAGGGUCAGCGGGGCGGUCAGCAGGGGGGGUCUCACCUGUGCGGAUCAGCCCUGUUUUUCCGGAGUGCAGUGUGUGGACGCCUCAGAUGGGAGCUUCCAGUGCCUCAGGUGUCCCGUCGGAUACAUUGGAGAUGGUCAGACGUGUAGAGCUGUUUGCAGACACUCAUGUGGGAGGAACAUGGAGUGUGCAGCUCCCAACACCUGCCGCUGUAAGACAGGGUACACCGGACCCAGCUGUGAGACAGCCGUGUGUGCCCCUGUCUGUGUGAAUGGCGGCGUGUGCAUUGCCCCGGGUGUGUGCCGGUGUCCCAGAGGUUUUCAUGGAGAGAGCUGUGAGGAGGCCAUGUGCAGACUGCCAUGUGAAAACGGGGGCUCCUGUGUGGGACCUCAGACCUGCUCCUGUCCCGUUGGCUUUGUUGGACCUCGUUGUGAAACAAUGGUGUGUAGUCAGCACUGUCACCACGGGGGGCGCUGUGUUUCUCCGGACAGGUGUGAGUGUGCCCCUGGGUGGACUGGACCGUCCUGUGAGAGCGCCCUGUGUGAUCCUGUGUGUCUGAACGGAGGUGUGUGCGCACGGGCCGACACCUGCCUCUGCCCCCCGGGGUUCUACGGAGCCCAGUGUCAGAACGCGGUGUGCAGCCCCCCCUGUAAGAACGGAGGAGUGUGUGUGAGGGACGGCGUCUGCUCCUGUCCGCUGGGAUACUCAGGACCACGCUGCCAGACAAACGUGUGUGAGCCGCGCUGUAUGAACGGAGGACGCUGUGUGGGUCUGAACCAGUGCGACUGUCCCUCGGGAUGGAGCGGCGCCACCUGCGACACACCGAGCUGUUUGCAGAAGUGUUUGAACGGAGGAGAGUGUGUGGGCUCCAACACGUGUCACUGUCCCGUGGGCUGGACUGGACUCUUCUGCCAGACCCCCGUCUGUGAGCAGAAGUGUCUGUUUGGAGCGCGAUGUGUCCGGCCUGGAGUGUGCGCCUGUCCCCCCGGAGCCCGCGGAGCUGUGUGCCGGACCCGGCUCGCCUCUGCUCACGGCUCCUCCACUGUGGACCAGAGGCAGUGAAGAGCGCCCCCCACAGGCCUGAAGCGACACCACCACACACCGCUGGGCCUUUUCACCGACAAACCUCCAUGGAAAUCUCCCGGGCCAUUUCACAAUCUACCAGUGGAGUAAGAAACCUGCACUUUAAGUAUA